CAGUACUUCAGGUGUAUAUAUAACAGCCUCCAUUUCUCAGAAAAGCACCUUUUGGAGCUUAUUGGCUGAAAAAAUCCGAGUCUCAGAGCCCACCACUUUCACAGGAGGAGGGGAGAGGAAGAGAGCCCGAGAAAAUGUCGAAGAAGAAAGUGAGUGGCAACACCAUGACGCUCAAGGACUUUCAUGGCGGUUCAAUUCCUUCCGAUCUCCCGCUCCCUUCCGCUCCUGGUGUCAUCGUUAGGCCUUCGGAUCGUCCCGGUUAUGAGCGAUCGGCGGCGUGGGGGAACCAGAUGGGUCGGGCUGAUCACCGCUCCCGACCGCACACGUCUUCGGCAUCGAGGCAUUUAGAUGAUAAAGCUCCUUUUCUCACUCAUGCUGCGCAUAUCGGCAGGAACUUUGAUGAGGAUGAGCGCAAGCCCCUCGACGGUGUGGUUGCCCCAACUCGUCCUGAGCCGAGACGAGAGUCUGCUUCUGGUGGAGGUUUAUGGGGCCGACAGGGUGCAGCUCCAACGUCCCAAGUGAAUUCACACUCGGGGAGGGUUGCUGAGGCGAGUUUGGAUACCAAUAAUGGGCAGGGUGUUGGUGGUGCUUAUCCGAACGCUUGGGUGGCGAGGAAGGAGGCGGCAGGUAUUACUGAGCGGCCACAAUCACCAUGGUCUGCGCCAAUGGCUGUUUCCAAGCUGGCUCAUGCUAGUGCGCUUGAGAAGGUUUCAUCGGGGAGAUGGCAGUCGAAGCAUUCUAUGCAUCAGAGUGAUGCUGAACUUGUGAGAGCUUCCGAAACAGAAAGCGGUUCACAGUCCAAGGACUAUGGUAGUAAUGCCUAUAACAAGAUAGAUGCAAUUGGUGUGGUAGAAAGUUAUGAUGCAACCUUGGCUAGGCAUGGGAAAAGGGUUCUGAAUGUUGAUGACUACGUUCAUGGUGGUAGGAAGGAGUUUCCUGAUUAUGAGAGGACCAGAGCUCCUGUUAAUUCAGAGGUAAAAGAAGAGAACCUAACAAACUAUAGGGACAGUGGUGAACCCGAUCGAGCUAAUGAAAAGUUUGGUGGGACUGAAGUGCAGACCUCAACGUAUGUACAACCAUCAGAACGGCCUAAGUUGAAGUUACUUUCAAGAACAAAGCCACUAGAGAGUGUGGAACAUACCGUUGCUGAUCAUAUUCAGGGGCAUCAAAAGGUGACUGAAUCUGUUCAUACUGAAAGUUUUAACGAAGCACAUGGAAAUUUGAAUCCUCCGAAGUUUGGUAUAGCUCAUACUGAGAGUGAGAAGCAGGCCGUAGAGCGCCCAAAGUUGAAAUUGAAGCCCCGGUCUCAGCCUGCUGAGCAGUCGGAAGGAAAUGUUGAAAGAGACAGGAAUUUAUUGUUUGGUGGUGCUCGCCCGCGAGAACUAGUUCUGAAGGAGAGAGGGGUUGAUGAUGUUGCACUUAACCAUGACUUGGUUCAGCAUGCUGAAAGGGUUGAACAUCAUGUCCCAAGGACUGAGAGAACCGAGAAUCCUGCUUUUGAUCAAAGGUUUGGAAAGAAAUCUGAGAGGAGGGAUCAUGAGAUGAGAACCGAGAAUCCUGCUCUUGAUCAAAGGAGUGGAAAGAAAACUGAGACGAAGGAUCACCGGGUAGAUGAUGAUAGAAUUGAUACGCAGAGAAGGAACUGGCAUAGUGAGAACUGGAAGAAUAACCGAGAUACAGAGAAGCAGCAGCAGUUGGAGAGGGCGCCAUCGCCAGAGACUUGGCGCAAGCCUGUUGAGCAGCCUAAACCAACAUAUGGAAAAGCAGCUUCAGCCAUCGAGCUUGCCCAAACAUUCUCUAGAUCAUCAGUCUCUGAACCGACUAAUCGACUUUCUGGCCAAAGAAGUCUGCCUAGCCGCGCUCAGUCUCAGAUACCCUUCUCCCGCUUGAUGGCCGGCCCGACACCAAGGCCUCAGAUAAAUGGCUACUAAAGCAUAUUUCGUUUUAUUUAAUAAUUUUUCCCCUUGGAAAAGAGCACAUUGCCCUUGCCAUCGCUUCAAUUAGAUAUGCAAUAAAGCAGAAAACAUUUGAAAACACAUUUCAAAUUAUAAUGUUGAAUGCUUACUUUGUUGCCAAAAUCUUGACCUUCGAGUGUGAGCGAGCUUGAACGGCGGGAGUCUCUCCGAGUGAAUAUUCCGCAAAAAUUGGCGGCACAAGUAACGGAAAAGAAGGGCAACGUUUGAAUGCUUAGUCGAACAAUA